AUGGCUCGCAGUGUAGGAGCUAUUUCACGGCGUGAGCUGAGGGAUCCCUACGUCAUUUAUAACAAAAGGGCCAACCUGGAACAACAAGAAUUUAUGGAUGAUUGUAAUCAAGCUAUGGACACACUCCUGGUAUUUGCUGGUCUCUUUUCUGCGAUCACAACUGCGUUUAUCAUAGAAACCUACAAGGACCUAAAACGUGAGCCCGAAGCAAAGUCGGAGCAACUCCUUCAAGCAAUCUUAGAACGCAACUGGACCCAACCAUCACCAGGGUUCUCCUUGGAUUCAUUCACUGCGGAACAUCAUGCGGUAGUUACAAAUACCCUUUUCUUUCUCAGCUUAAGUAUCAGCCUCGUUGCAGCGCUCGGCGCUAUACUUGUCAAGCAAUGGGCGCGCAAGGUCUUUGUUGACAUCAAGAAAAUUGAAGCAUCCCGGGAAAGAGCAAGAAAUUACUUAAUUCGCAAGCGGGAUGUCGAAUACUGGCGCAUUCCAGAAGUAGUGGCUCUUGUCCCGAUGCUACUCCACGUCGCGCUCGCCGUGUUCUUCGUUGGCCUUAUAUUUUGGCUCAAGCGCAUAAAUCCCAUUGUGUCAUGGGUCUCAGCGGGGGUAGGAAUUAUCGCACUCAUUCUGUACACCGUUGUAGCCGUCAUCCCCACUUGGUCAUCAACAGCUCCUUUCCGCUGGCCUGUUUCAACCGCGCUCACAUAUUUAUUCCGUGGGAUGACAACGUUGUUUCGCUGGAUUUCAUCGUGGACGAGGCAGCUGUUGGCGGGCACCCGUUCGAUAGUUUAUGACACAGAAAAAGGUUCUCCGUUGGUGACUGAUCCACUACAAGUAGCAACUUCAGCCUUACCACCUUCUCAACCGGAUAAUGCGCCUUCUUUUACCUCAUCCAAGAUAGAAGUUAUCCUCUUUGAUACCUUCCCGCCAUUGACGACCAUCAUUGGCAUGCCUGGGCCAGCCUGGGAAUGGAUCGAAGGCGGAAAUAUCGACAAAGUCGACUUAGGUGUCUUCCAUGAACUUUUCCUCGAUCCAGAUCCUAUUUCGGCGUUGGAAGAUACCGCAAACGCCCUCAUCACUUACCUGGUGCGGAGCGCAAAGCGUGACCGGAAAAUAACUAGCACUUCAUUUAAACCGAUAGUACGACGAUUCGCAGAUUGCCUGUUGACAUAUCGCGCGUACUCAAAUGGCACAUACGAAAUCCGGCCUGGUCAGUCUCAAGAACUGGCCAUUACGAUGUCCCAAUUCUUUGAAAUUGCCCUUCAAGUGAAGGCAAUAGACACGGUGGAAUGUCGAGACGCACUCAAGGACGUACUCGGCGUGAUAGAUCUAUUGCUGCAAGAAGGGAUGCGGCAUGGAUCGGUUCCAGAAAUCGUCCUGUACGCAUCCGUUAGCGCUCAACUGAGUCGGGUCCUGCAAACCUAUCAUCAUUUGAAUCUUGCUGUACGCAUCCUCUCCACGCUUGGUGACUUUGGACCAUGUUCUGCCUAUCUGGCCGCAUUGGAGACCGAGCAACCCGGCAUUGGCAUCGGGGGUGUCAGUCGGGCCAAUAGAGAGAAAUCCCAAUCAAAUCACGAGGAGUGGACGGCACACGAGCUCGAAGAGUUCCGAACUCAGCUCAGCACCUAUAUUUGGGCUUUAACGCAACUAGUUAUUACUCGUUUCAGCGGAGGUACAGAGGUCAGCGAAAAGGACAAAGCGCAACAAGAUGAACUAUACACGAGGGUGGACUAUAUUCUAUCCUUCCUGGCGCUCGCAGGCGAUUCAGGGCAGACCUUCCCACUUCUCCGUGGAGAUGUGGACGAGAAUGAUCCUACUGAAAACUGGGAGCUGUUGCAAAAUACAGGGUGGCGAACACCUCAUAGAGAGCUGAUUGGAUCUGCCGAUGUAGUAAGCCCCCGCGAAAUAAGGCUAUUGUUGGAAUUUGAAACGUUCGUGCAUGAACAUAUUUUUAAGAACCUCCUUGAAAAAACCGGGAGUGAAGACGCAUUCACAGACCAAGUCACAGACUGCUCAUCACAACCUAGUGUGUUCGGCGCCUGGUAA